AUGGAGCUACUGAACCUUCGAAGUGAAGAUGUAAAGACCAGAGUGGAAGUUGGAAAGCAACAACAGAUGACACCCAGAAAGGAAGUGGAAGGCUGGCUUCAUGGCGUUGGUGAGGAGAAAAUCGAAGUUGCUGCAAUUCUCCAAGAAGGGGAUGGAGCACUAGAGAAGGAAUGCCUUGGAAGAUAUUGUAAUAUUCGGUCGAGCUACAAGCUUGGAAAGAGAGUGAGUCGAAAAAUCAGGCGUGUGAGGGAACUAUCAAGCAGAGGAGGAGAUUUUGAAGUUGUGGCAGACAUGAUGCCUCGUGCUGUUGUGGAUGAAUUACCUCUUGGGCGUACUGUGGGCUUAGAUUACUUGUAUGAAAAGGUGUGCAGCUGCCUCGCUGAAGAUGAAGUAGGAAUUGUUGGAUUAUAUGGAAUAGGCGGUGUUGGAAAAACAACACUGAUGAAGAAAAUCAACAAUGGUCUCCUCGAAACAAGCCACGACUUUGAUAUGGUGAUUUGGGCUGCAGUGUCCAAGCAAGCAAGUGUGAAAGUUGCUCAAGAGGUGAUUCGAAACAAAUUACAAAUCAUUGAUAGCAUGUGGCAAAGUAGAAGUCAGUAUGAAAAGGCUAUAAAAAUAUUCAAUAUCAUGAAAGCAAAAAGGUUUUUGCUGUUGUUAGACAAUGUACGGCAACGACUUGAUCUGUCAGAAAUAGGAGUUCCUGUUCCUGAUGCUCGGAACAGGUCCAAAGUAAUAAUCACAACUCGAUCAAUGGGAAUAUGCAAUGAGAUGGAAGCUCAAAGGAUAUUUAAAGUAGAGCCUUUGGAACGGGAAGAAGCCUUGACUUUGUUCAGAGAGCUGGUCGGAGAGGAUACUAUAAGUUCUCAUCCUCGGAUACAAGAUCUUGCCUACAUCGUUACAGAGAGAUGCAAAGGCUUGCCAUCUACCGUCGUUAAUGCUGGACGAAAAUUGGCUGGCAUGAAGGAUGUCUGGUAUUGGGAAAAGGUAACAAGAAAGCCGGAGGACUUCAUAAAAGAAAUUUCAGGGAAAAACAGGUUGCGUCAAGCUGUUGUAGAUGAAAUGCCACUUGGGUAUACCGUGGGCUUAGAUUGGUUGUAUGAGAGAGUUUGCAGCUGCCUCACUGAUUAUAAAGUAAAAAUUAUUGCAUUAUAUGGAACAGGCGGUGUUGGAAAAACAACACUAAUGAAGAAAAUCAACAAUGAGUUCCUCAAAACAAGCCACCAAUUUAAUACAGUGAUUUGGGUUACUGUCUCCAAGCAAGCAAGUGUGACAGCUGCUCAAGAGGUGAUUCGAAAGAAAUUACAGAUCCCGGAUAGCAUGUGGAAAAGUAGAACAGAGGAUGAAAGGGCUACAGAAAUAUUCAACAUCAUGAAAACAAAAAGGUUUGUGCUACUUUUAGAUGAUGUAUGGCACAGACUUGAUCUCUCAAAGAUAGGAGUUCCUCUUCCAGAAAUUCAAAACCAAUCCAAAGUAAUAAUCACAACGCGAAUUCAGAAAAUAUGCAAUGAAAUGGAAGUUCAAAGGAAGUUUAGAGUAGAUUUUUUGACACAGGAGCGCGCCUUGGCUUUGUUCCUGGAGAAAGUUGGAGAGAACACUCUAAAUUCUCAUCCUGAUAUACCACAACUUUCUGAAAAGGUGGCAGAGCGGUGCAAAGGCUUGCCACUUGCCCUUCUUACUGUGGGAAGAGCAAUGGCUCAUAAGAAUUCUCCCCAUGAAUGGGAUCAGGCAAUCCAAGAACUGGAGAAAUUCCCAGUGGAAAUCUCAGGUAUGGAGGAUGGGUUAUUCCUUGUUUUGAAACUAAGUUAUGAUAGCCUAAGAGAUGAUAUCACCAAAUCUUGUUUCAUAUAUUGUUCUUUUUUUCCAAAGGAAUAUGAAAUUAGAAAUGAUGAGCUUAUAGAACAUUGGAUUGGGGAAGGGUUUUUUGAUGGUAAGGACAUAUAUGAAGCACGCAGACGAGGACACAAAAUCAUUGAAGACCUAAAGAAUGCAUGCUUGUUAGAGGAGAGUGAUGGAUUUAAAGAAUGUAUCAAGAUGCACGAUGUGAUACACGACAUGGCUCAAUGGAUAAGUCAAGAAAGUGGAAACAAGAUGAACAAGAUUUGGGUAUGUGAAUCUCUCGGGCUUGUUGACGCUGAGAGAGUUACCAAAUGGAAGGAGGCAGAAAGGAUAUCAUUGUGGGGAUGGAAUAUUGAGAAACUCCCAGAAACACCACAUUGCUCUAAUCUCCAGAGUCUCUUUGUGAGGGAAUGUAUUCAAUUAAAGACAUUUCCAAGAGGAUUCUUCCAAUUCAUGCCUCUUAUAAGAGUUCUAGAUUUGUCAGCUACUCAUUGUUUAACGGAGUUACCUGAUGGGAUUGAGAGAUUAGUGGAAUUGGAAUACAUUAAUCUUUCAAUGACACAUGUAAAAGAGUUGCCGAUUGGGAUGAAGAAGUUGACAAAACUGAGGUGCUUGUUACUUGAUGGCAUGCCUCCACUUAUAAUUCCUCCACAUUUGAUAUCUAGUCUUUCAUCAUUACAAUUGUUUACUAUGUAUGAUGGAAAUGCUUUCUCUGAAUAUCUCACCAACCUAUUGGAAGAAUUGGAGUCAAUAGAACCUGUGGAUGAGUUAUCUCUCUCCUUUCGUAGUGUUGUAGCUCUCAAUAAAUUACUGAGCUCCUACAAGUUACAAAGGUGCAUAAGAAGAUUAAGUCUACAUGACUGCAGAGAUUUAUUAUUGCUUGAGCUAUCAUCAAUAUUUCUGAACUACUUGGAGACUUUUGUGAUAUUCAAUUGUCUUCAAUUGGAAGAAAUGAAAAUUAAUGUGGAAAAAGAGGGAAGUAAAGGAUUUGAACAAUCUUAUGAUAUCCCCAAUCCUGGGUUGAUAGUAAUAAACAACCAACACUUCCGCAGGCUUCGUGAUGUAAAUAUUUGGAGCUGUCCAAAACUGUUGAACUUGACAUGGCUUAUUUAUGCUGCCCACCUUCAGUCGCUUAAUGUUAAGUUCUGUGAAUCCAUGAAAGAAGUGAUUAGUAAUGAGUACGUAACUUCAAGUACACAGCACGCCAGCAUAUUCACUAGGCUCACAUCUCUACUAUUAGACGGUAUGCCAAUGAUAGAGAGCAUCUAUCGGGGGGCACUACUCUUCCCUUCAUUGGAAAUAAUCUCUGUGAUCAAUUACCCGAGGCUAAGAAGGCUCCCAAUUGAUUCAAAUAGUGCUGCCAAGAGCUUAAAGAAAAUUGAAGGAGAUCUAACCUGGUGGGGAAGGUUGGAAUGGGAAGAUGAAUCUGUGGAGGAGAUUUUCGCCAACUAUUUUUCCUCACAAAACUUGGCUGACCCAAUCCAGGACCCAGGUAUUAAGCUUUGA